AUGCCCCAGAAAUGCAACGUCUGCAUCUCCAUCGCCUACGCCAGCACCCACCACUGCAUUGAGCGCGCCACCGACUGCGACUGCCCCAUCUGCGGGGAUUACCUCUUCACGUCGUCGACCUCGGCGGUCUCCAUCAAAUGCGGACACUACAUGCACCGGACGUGCUACGAGAGCUACAUGGAGACCGACUACAAGUGCCCGAUCUGCAAGAAGUCCGCCGUGAACAUGGAACUGCAGUGGCGGAAGCUCAAGGACGCCACCAACGCGCAGCCCAUGCCGCCCCAUGUCAAGUACCACUGGGUCGGGAACAAGUGCGCGACGUGCGACAGCUUCAACACGAAUGAGCUGCAGUUGCUCAGCGGAGGGGAGCAGUGUCUGCCACCUCCGCCGGGCCAGCAACAGCAACAGCAACAGCAACAGCAGCAGCAGCAGCAGCAGCAGGAGGAAGAGGGAACCGAAGCCCCAACCAUCUCCCUCGGCACCAACCUCCCACCCGCAGUCCUAACCCCGCAGCCCGUGCGCCGGCUCGCGCCCGCCACGUUCCGGGAAGUGCGCCGACCGUCAGGCUCGUAUUUCCUCAGCGCGGCCGAGGAGCGGGCCGCCGAGCGGUCGCGGCCGGCGUCGGCGACGGCGAUUUCGGCCAUGGCGGCCGUGGAGAACGGCCGCGAGCUGGCGUACGGGAUGCUGGCGCGGAUGAGUCGGAGCUUGUCGCCCAUUAGGAGGUAUAUCGAGGGUGGGGAUGUGGCUAUGACGGAUGCGGAUGCGGAUGAGGAGGGAGAGGAGGGGAGGGCAGGGGGCGGUGGUGAGGAGGGGGAAGGGCAGGAGGACGAUGGGAGCGAGGAGAGCGACGAGGAGAUGGAUGAGGGGGAGUAUUCGAAUGAGGACGAUGAUGCCGAUAUGGAUGAUGGGGAUGAGCUGGAUCGGAUUGAGCUUUUAGGAUAUCGGUGA